GAAAGCGGAGCGACGCGGAAACAGGAGAAGCGGCAGAGGAGGAGAGGUGCGUCAACCGGCUACUACGAGAGCCAGCGAUCGCUCAGACCGCUUUUUAAAACCCGGACGCGGUGCGACUUUUUCUUUCAAAGUUGUGGUAUAGGAAGCGUCUUGACGAGGCAAAGGAUUUGCUUCUGUCGAAAGAAUAAUUAUUCGGGAUUGAGAAUGUCGGGGAACAGAGAGGAGGAGCGGCGAAAACUCGCCGACAUCAUUAACCACUGGAACGCCAACCGGCUCGACCUGUUUGAGAUCAGUCAGCCCACGGAGGAGUUGGAGUUCCAUGGCGUCAUGCGAUUCUACUUCCAGGACAGGGUGGCAGGGAACUUCGCCACCAAGUGCAUCCGCGUGUCGAGCACGGCCACCACGCAAGACGUGAUCGAGACGUUGGCUGAGAAGUUCCGGCCCGACAUGAGGAUGCUCUCCUCACCCAAAUACUCCCUGUACGAGGUCCACGUCAGCGGUGAAGAGCGGAAGCUGGACCUGGACGAGAAGCCACUGGUGGUGCAGCUCAACUGGAACAAAGACGACAGAGAGGGACGCUUCGUCCUCAAGAACGAGAAUGACAUUGUCCCGAAGAAAACACAGAGCAAUGGCCCUGAGAAAGAGAAGGAGGGCGUGAUCCAGAACUUCAAAAGGACGCUGUCCAAGAAGGAGAAGAAGAAAGAGAAGAGGAAGGACAAAGAGGCCUUUGCCCGGAUCCCCGACGGCGACGAGCACGCGCUGAACAGAGAGGACGGGGAGAACUCGCGGCUGGCGGCGGAGGUGUAUAAGGACAUGCCCGAGACCAGCUUCACCCGCACCAUCUCCAACCCUGAGGUGGUGAUGAAGAGGAGAAGACAGCAGAAGCUGGAGAAGAGGAUGCAGGAGUUUCGCAGUAGUGAUGGCCGGCCCGACUCAGGGGGGACGCUGAGGAUCUAUGCGGACAGUCUGAAGCCCAACAUCCCCUACAAGACCAUCCUGCUCUCCACGACCGACACGGCCGACUUCGCCGUGGCCGAGGCCCUGGAGAAGUACGGACUGGAGAAGGAGAAUCCCAGAGAGUACUGCAUCGCCCAGGUGGUGCAUUCUGACGAUAAGCCUGUGAAGGAGACCGUACUGGAGGACGCGGAGUGCCCGCUGCAGAUCUUCAGAGACUGGACCAGCGAUAAAGAGGCAUUAGUGUUCCAGCUGAAGAAGAGGCCUCCAGACUACGCCCCUAAGAAGGGCCGCAAGCCGGAUGACCGCAUGGGCUCCCUGCAUGGAGCCUUGCCCCCGGAAAAGCUGCCCUACCUGGUCGAGCUGAGCCCAGGGCGGGGGAAUCACUAUGCCUACUACGCCUACCGACAGCCCGAAGAUGGUUCAGACUCCAGGGAUAAGCCCAAACUCUACCGACUGCAGCACAGUGUAACUGAGGUCGGCUCAGAGCGGGGUGAAGACGGAAACAUCCAGCUGUUUGGGCCGGGCAUCCUCCCCCACCACUGCAACCUGAUGCACGCUGACGGCCUGGUGACGGUCACCCCAGCCAGCCUGGACGGCGAGACCUUCGUGGAUGGCCAGAGGAUCUCGGACACCACGGUUCUACGCAGCGGCAUGACGCUGCAGUUCGGCGCUGCCCACGUCUUCAAGUUCGUGGACCCCAGCUACGACCACGCCAUGGCCAAGAGGGACCCGGGGCCCAUGGUGAAGGGCAGACACAAAUCGGGGAGUGUCCCAGAGACAACCUUUGACCUGCACGGGGACAUUCACAGCAAUACUGCCCUCCCCACUAGCAAGAGCUCAGGCAAACUGGAGAUGGAUCGCUCUGCUAACAUGAGUGAGAGAGGCAUGGUGAAGCCCAUGAUCCGUGGGGAGCAGCAGGACUUCAGCAAGCAUGACGGGAGGUCCCACGACGGCCCCGAGCUCACGCUGCCGGCCAGCAUCGAGUUCCGGGACAACUCCGAGGAUGCCUUCCUGUCAGCCAUCAUUAACUACACAAACAGCUCCACUGUGCACUUCAAGCUGUCGCCCACCUAUGUGCUGUACAUGACCUGCCGCUACGUCCUGUCCAGCCACUACCGGCCUGACAUCAGCCCGUCUGAGCGCACGCACAAGGUCAUCGCCAUCGUCAACAAGAUGGUGAACAUGAUGGAAGGCGUCAUCCAGGAGAUUGCUGAAGGUGACCAGAAGCAGAAAAAUAUAGCAGGUGCUCUGGCCUUCUGGAUGGCGAACGCCUCAGAGCUGCUCAACUUCAUCAAGCAAGACAAAGACCUGAGCCGAAUCACGCUGGACGCCCAGGAUGUGCUUGCACACCUCGUGCAGAUGGCCUUCAAGUACUUGGUGCACUGUCUGCAGUCAGAUCUCAAUAACUACAUGCCGGCCUUCUUGGAUGACCCUGAGGAGCAGAACCCACAGAGGCCCAAGAUAGAGGACGUGCUGCACACCCUGACUGGCGCCAUGUCACUGCUGCGCCGUUGCCGCGUCAACGCAGCCCUCACCAUCCAGCUCUUCUCUCAGCUCUUCCACUUCAUCAACAUGUGGCUCUUCAACAAGCUGGUGACGGAGUCGGACUCGGGCCUGUGCUCCCACUACUGGGGCGCCAUCCUGCGGCAGCAGCUCAGCCACAUCGAGGCGUGGGCCGAGAAACAGGGCCUGGAGCUGGCCGCAGACUGCCACCUCAGCCGGAUAGUGCAGGCCACAACCCUCCUCACCAUGGACAAGUACUCCGUUCAGGACGUCCAGAACAUCAACAACACGUGCUUCAAACUCAACUCCCUGCAGCUCAAUGCCCUGAUGAGCAACUACCACUGUGCCCCAGAUGAGCCCUACAUCCCGCCUGAGCUGAUCGACCACGUAGUGUCCGUGGCGGAGAACACGGCGGAUGAGCUGGCACGCAGCGACGGCCGCGAGGUUCAGCUGGAGGAGGACCCCGACCUGCAGCUGCCCUUCCUCCUGCCCGAGGAUGGCUACUCCUGCGACGUGGUCCGCAACAUUCCCAACGGCUUCCAGGAGUUCCUGGAGCCACUCUGCCAGAGAGGGUUCUGCCGGCUGAGCCCUCACCCCCGGUCUCCUGGCACAUGGACUGUCUACUUUGAAGGGGCUGACUGCGACAGCCACUUCUCCACCGACACCGCAGACCUGCCAAUGAGGAAGGAACCUGAAGUUGUAACUGUGACGCUGAAGAAGCACAAUGGCAUGGGACUCAGCAUUGUGGCCGCCAAGGGAGCUGGCCAGGAGAAACUUGGCAUUUACAUUAAGUCUGUUGUGAAGGGAGGAGCGGCAGACAUGGAUGGGCGCCUGGCUGCAGGGGACCAGUUGCUCAGUGUGGACGGGAGAAGUCUGGUUGGACUCUCCCAGGAAAGGGCGGCGGAGCUGAUGACACGAACAGGCUCAGUGGUGACGCUUGAGGUGGCCAAGCAGGGAGCCAUUUACCACGGGCUGGCCACACUGCUCAACCAGCCCUCUCCCAUGAUGCCCCGCGCAUCAGACCGAGGCCGGGCAGACAAGGGCAAAGCCAGGCCGAAGAGCGAGGGAUUUGAGCUCUACAACAACUCUGUUCAGAACGGUUCUCCGGAGAGCCCCCAGGGGGCCUGGGACGCCUACCCCGAACCCAAGAGAGAGGACAGGCUGCUGAAGAACCGGGCAGACCACCGCUCCAGCCCCAACGUGGCCAAUCAGGCGCAGAGCCCAGGCGGAAAGUCUGUGUACCCAGGACCGCCGGGGAAGAUCACCUCCGUCUCCACGGGCAACCUGUGCCCCGAUGAGGAGCCAUCCCCACCCCGUCCGGAGGCUUACCCAAUCCCCACCCAGACAUACCCCAGGGAGUACUUUACUUUCCCUGCCUCCAAAUCUCAGGACCGGAUGGCCCCAGGCCCCGGGCAGGCCUGGCAGGGCCCUGAGCCUGAGCCUCUUCCUCCUAUGCCCGAGCACCACCACAACAGCAUGGCAAUGCAGCGGGUGGCGCGCUCUCAGGAGGAGCUGUGCGACACGCCUGGCGUCUACCCAGCCGAGCGCCUGCGACAGGAAGACCUGCUGCACCUGCAGCAGCAGCGUGAGGCCGAGUACCAGCGCGCGGCCGGCGGAGAGCCCUGGAACCACCAGGUCUCCUCGUCUGUGGAGUCCAGCACCUCCAGCCAGGAGCACCUCAACUACGCCCCCUCGGCCAAGCCGCAGGGCAACCACAAGAGCGGCCCGGGCCGCUGGAAGACCCCCAUCGCGCCCCAUUCCGCCCCCGUGGGCGUCUCGCAACCAUCACGCAGCGACCUGCCCCCGCCACCCCCGCCCCCGCCCCCCGCACACUAUGACUACGACCUGCCGGCUGACCUACCCCUCCCGCCCCCACCCACCUCCGCUCAGCAACAGGCUGCCGCCGCCCUGGCCGACCGCAAGAAGAGGGAGGAGCAGCAGCGCUGGUAUGAGAAGGAGAAGGCGAGGCUGGAGGAGGAGCGCGACAGGAAGAGGCGGGAGCAGGAGAGGAAGCUGGGGCAGAUCCGCAACCCCGUCGUCCCCGGGCCCGUCCUCCCUAACACCCAGCAAGGCCCCAUGGCCCUGCCCCCACAGCACCAGCAAAUGCCCCCUCCGCAGCCACCGGUCCCGGUGCCGCUGUCCCAGCCCUACCUUCCGCCGGCCCAGCCGGCCCAGGCCCAGCCCCCACGACCGGAGAAGCUGUCCGCCGCCCCCCGGCCCCCACCCCACGACACGGUGAUCCGGGACAUGCAGCCGCAGCAGCAGCCACGCACCAUCGAGAGACGUGACCUGCAGUACAUCACCAUCAGCAAGGACGAGCUGUCGGCCAGUGACAGCCUGUCGCCAGACCCCUGGAAGCGCGACGCUCGUGAGAAGCUGGAGAAGCAGCAGCAGCUGCACAUCGUGGACCUGCUGGACAAGGAGAUCCAGGAGCUGCAGGCCAAGCCGGAGCGCACGGCGGAGGAGAGCGACCGCCUGCGCAAGCUCAUGCUGGAGUGGCAGUUCCAGAAGCGGCUGCAGGAGUCCAAGCAGAGUGAGGAGGACGAGGAGGAGGAGGACGACGAAGAGGUCGACACUGUGCUGAUUAUGCAGAGGCUGGAGGCUGAGAAGAGAGCACGGCAGACCGCUGUCCCAGCAAUCUCUGUUCUAGACUUGCUCCAGGACGAGGAGCGCCGGCGGAAGCAGCAGCUGGACCAGAUCCGUAAACGCGAGGCAGAGGAGCGGGCUAAGCAGGAGGAGGAAAGACGCUGGAGAGAAGAGGAGCGUGCCAGGCGAGAGGCCGAGGAGAAGAGGAGACAGGAGGAGGAGUACUACACCCGCCUGGAGGCGGAAAGGCGCCGGCAGCAUGAGGAGGUCGAGCGCAAGCUGCUGACGCCAGAUGAGCCUGGUCUGUACAGACCUCCUCUCCCCCGGGACUACCAGCCCCCAUCACCUGCCACUACCCCCGCCACUAACAACAGCAACCCUCCUCCGACCCCGCCUCAGAGAAAUACCUCCUACCUCAAAACCCAGGUCGUCUCCCCCGACACCUUGUACACUGCCAAGUUUGUCCCGUACAAUGACGAGGAGGAGGAGGACGCAGGCUUAGCAGGUCAGGUUAAGCUCUCUGCCACCCGGAAGUCGUACGGCGACCUACCACCCGCCCAAAAGCCCCAGCCGCCUCCUCCAACCGCGCGCAAGCCCCGCCCCCUCUCAGACGGCAUCUUUCUGUCCAGCUCAUUCCAGCUGCCCGCAGCGGCCAAUGCCAACAGUACUGCGCCCAAGGCAGGGCAAGCCCCUCCCCCUCCCACCAAACCCAGCUUCAUUCCGUCAACCAACGCUAAAGGAUUUAAUUUGUACACUGGAAACACAACAGCAGGAGUUGUAGGAUCAGGAGACGUUUUCAAGGACCCACGGGAGAAGUGGACCAAAGGUGGUCAGGAUCAAGAGAAUUUGAUAGGCGGAGCCCCUGAGAAUCUCACAUUCAAGGAGCGCCAGAGACUCUUCUCCCAGGGAAAGGAGGUAUCCAACAAAGUCAAGGCCUCACGGAAGCUCACGGAGCUGGAGAACGAACUGAACACUAAGCAGUAAGGCAGGAACCUUUGCAGUACUGAGCGCCAUUCCCUAAUCCAGCACUGGAAAAAGAGGACCCCGCCAGAUCUUCCCACAGAUUUCCAAGCUCCUUUUGAAUUGUAUGGAUUAACUGGACCAGUAAGUAUCAUUUAGAAGCUUCGUCACAAUAAGGGCGAUAAUACUGUGUGACUUCCCUCAAAGGUAUCAAAGAUGUUAUAAUGAAGCACUGUAAAAAUGUUUUUAAUUAUAUUAAUGAUGAAUUUGAAAAUGCAUAUUUUGUUUGUGAAAUGUUAUUCUGAAAAAUGAUGCAUUGUCACAUUUUAUUUUAUUUUUUUUAAUAUCACUCAGUAAGGAUGUUUUAUGGUGGUGUGUUAUGCUGUAUCUGCAUACUUCCACAUGCGUUUUCCCUCUCCUUCUUAAAAUACGUGCUGAAUUAGAACACACCAAUAUCCUCUCCCAGUACAGAACACACAAAGGAAAAAGUUGGUCAUAGUAUGUUGUUGAUCUAUAACUCAUGGGUGAAUUGUGCAUCUGUUCUCACAGAUUGGACAUGUAUGCACUGCUGUCGGCAUCUCCUGUAUGUUCACAUACACUGUCUGACUUUGGUCUCCUCUGAUGUGUCUAUUUAAAUUGUUUUCUGCUUGUAGAGAGUGCACAUAACCUUGUUAGCAUGAUUUGGAAAUGUCUUCCUUUGGCUUUCAAACCCAGAAGGUGAUGUUUAUUUUGACUUGUUGGCAAGUAUAUCAUUCCAGGGGAAGAAAAGGUUUCAGUUUUAUAAUAUGUAGAGUUUUCUAUUUUCCCACCUUGAUGAUGAUGAUGAUGAUGAUGAUGAUGAUGAUGAUGAUUAUUAUUGUUGUUGUUGUUAAUAUUAUUGUUGUUAUUGUUAUUAUUUGGAGUUGAUUGAACUGAAUGGAUGUUUGCAUAUUUGAGCAACACACUGACCAGCUGACACAGUAACCAGCAGUUUGAUGGUAGCAUGUGAUAAAACCAGAGACAUGAUUUCAGCGAACAGGUAAAUGAAAGACACACAAGCCUUGCUUUUGCUUAGCAGGUGUUUAUUUGGUAUAACCGUAUAUGACAGUUACAUAGAUUAUUUUCUAUUUAUAACAGCCUGGACUGUCUGCUUUGGAAAUUGAUCAGUGGAAAGCAAACAUCAGAAAAUUGUCUCAUUUUUUCCUUUGAGAGAAAAGCCCUAAUUAUGCUUGUUUUGAGUUUAAAUUUUCUUGGACUACAGUAUUGGAGACUGUCUUUGCAUUGAAGAUGUGGUUGUAUCUCCAAUGAUGGUGUAGACUUGCUGGUGUUUGUGUAAAUAUUUUUUCAGAGUUCACAAACUUUGUAAAUUUAAAUGAUGCAUAAGGCUAUAGUGUCAAUAUCAUUUUUCUGCUUUAAAACUGACACAUACAGUCAUGUUUUCCAUUUUAGGUUAAAGAAUUUAUUUGAUUCAUUUUAAUGGUUGUUACGUUAGGCUUUUGUAAAUCAUAAAUAAAUGCAGAUUUUCCAAAAAAUA